ACUUGUUAUUACCUUUUUUUUCUUUUUUUUUUCAUCUACGUGACCACCGUCCUCCAUCCUCCGGAGCGGCGAUGGGCGAAGAGACGGGGUUCGUGGGCGCGAGGCUGGACGCCGGCCUCCGCGCUGCCCGCUUCUCCUCGCCGCCGUCUGCCGAAGAGUUUGCGGCCGAUGUCGAGCCCAAGAACGUCCCCGCGGUCUUUCGCGACGUGGCUAAGGGGUGGGCGGCUUCCUCCCGUUGGGAUCCUCUCCAUGGCGGCCUCGACUACCUGCUGGAAAAAGUGGGACCUGAUGUUGCUGUGGAAGCUAUGAUGUCAAACACUGGCCAUGUGUUCUAUGGGGAUCUCAGAAGCCAUGAGAGGGUUUCUGUUUCAUUCUCCACGUUCAUUCAGUCGUGCAAGUCUUACCUGAGUCAUAUGAAUGCAGCUAGUGAUUCAUCCAAAGAGCAGGGAAUGCUUGGGGAGCCAGCUUGUUCAAGGGACGCGUGUUCGAACAGCUCAGAGAACUUGGACCAAGUCUAUUUAGCACAGGUAUCUAUUAUGAACGCAGAGAACAAAGAGAGAUGCUCAUUACAAGUUUUGGAAGGGGACAUCCAGGAGCCUAUAUUUCUGAGAGGAAAAUCAUUUUCGUCAAUAAACUUUUGGAUGAAUAAGGGCCACUUGAGAUCAAGUACUCAUUACGAUCCCCACCAUAACCUUCUCUGUGUGGUAUCUGGUUGCAAAAAAGUUACUUUGUGGCCUCCAUCUGCAUCCCCAUUCUUAUAUCCAUUGCCUGUGUAUGGUGAGGCCUCCAACCACAGCUCUGUAAGCAUGGAGGAGCCAGAUUAUUCAAUGUAUACAAGGGCAAGAUACAUGAAGGAAUAUUCUGAAACAGUCAUUCUAAACUGCGGCGAUGUUGUUUUCAUACCAGAAGGAUGGUAUCACCAAGUUGACAGUGAUGACUUAACCAUAGCAGUUAACUUUUGGUGGAAGUCCAGAAUAAUGACUCAAAUGUUAGAACAUAUGGAUGCCUACUAUCUACGCCGAAUCCUGAGCAGAUUGGUGGACCAGGAGAUGAGCAUAAUGGUGCAGAAGAGUCCUUUUGGUCAUUCCAAAGAUCGCACCGAUAUUCAGCGCAUGGCCAAAACAUUGACAGGUUUCCAGCUAUUCAGUUUGCAAAAAGAUUCACCAUUGCAUACUCUGGAACCCUCCACUCUGCAAGCACUUUAUGAACUGAUCUCACUGGUCCAUGAUGGUGCUGAAGUUGUUAACCAAAAUGACAAAACAGAAACCACAUCCCAGAACAAAUCUUCCAACCAAAGAGACGAAACAGAGAUGAGCGCUGCUGCAGAUGAUUCAUCCCUCUUCGACAAAGAUCCUGUUGCAAAAAUCAUUUUGCCAGUUGAACCACUUGAAUUGCGGAGUAUGCUGCUUGCAAUGGUGGUAUGCAUUACAAAGUUAAAAACCAAUCGGUUGAUAUUCUUGCAUUUCUAUUAUCUUUCGCAUCCAAUCUGUGUACGCUGCAACAAAUUUUUUUAUAAGUACAACAAUAUUUUGUUGUUGUUAAGCCGAGCACUCCUAAACCUCUAUGAUUUUCAGCAUAAUUUCCCAAGGACGUUGGAAAGUUUAGUUCUCAACAUGUUUGGGCCAGUAGGAGCAGAGAUACUGACUAGGAAGUUUGAUGAGAUGGAUCAACAAACAACAAAAGAAGAACAGGUUGAGUUCUACAAGAAAUUUUAUAGCGUGUUUGACGACCAGUAUGCUGCAAUGGAUGUGCUUCUCAACGGGAAGGAAUUCUUUUCUUUUCAGAUAUUCCAGAAUGUCCUAGACAAGUAUCUCAGGGUGCAUGUUGACCGACCCAGCUAAUUUGUUACUUGUACAAAGCAAUGAAAUGGAGCGAGUUACAUGUAUCAGCUUUGAGCCAAGCCAAUAAAGAACUUAGUAUGCUGGUUAGGGAUUUUUGAGCAUCUCAAUAGAUAAUGUGUUUUUUAUUGGCUUGGAAUCGUAUUUUAGGGAUUUUUUUUAAAAAAAAAAUGAAGGUGGCCGGAACUCUGCUUCAAUUAAGAUGGAACGUAGAGUUUUUAAAACAACCAAUAUCAAUAUUCAAUCCAGUCUAAAGCAGCACCCCAAACCAAACCGGGUGAGGAGCCGAUCACAAGAAAGAAAGAUGACAGGUUGAAGAAGUGAAGAAUUACAGAGGUGCUCUGAAGUCUGAACCCUCUAUUAUGUUGCUCAAUAUCUUCCCUUUUCUCAACGUCACUUGUUUGUUUCUAAAGAUCCGUCGGCUGUGUUCCUUUCAAAGGUUCCAAAAAAAUAGAUCACUACUUUUAA